GACUGAGUUUCGACACACAUUGACAAACAAACUUGUUGAUUUGUUGAAUAUUUGUUACGGUUUGAACAUGACCAUUUCGUAGUUUCAAAUUUUACAGUGUUCUUCACUUGGGUGCCUCCAAUUAGUGUAUUAUUAAUUGAACAACAGUGAGGUAAAUGCAGAUAAACUGUUUCAAGGUAACUUAUACACCAGUUAAGUUAGAACGAGAAAAUAAUUUCAAAGAAUACAAAUCUGCAUAUGACAUUGACUCUCUGCCAAAGUUUGGAGCUGGCAGUGAAUUUGGGAGGGAACAGAAAGAAGAAGCUCGAAGAAGAAGAUAUGGUAUAAUACGUAAAAAGUAUAACCCAAACAAUCAGCCAUGGCUAAUGAAGAUAGGGACUGGGAAACAGGCGAAGAAGCUCAAAGGUGUGCGUGAGGGCACUGUAUCGGAGAAUACGUCUUACUAUAUCUUCACCCAGUGCCCAGAUGGAGCGUUUGAGGCCGCACCAGUGGAAGAGUGGUACAACUUCACACCGGUCAUCAAGUACAAGUACCUCAAUUCAGAUGAGGCUGAAGAGGAGUUCAGCAAGAGAGACCGGAUCAUGAAUUACUUCAAUGUCAUGUUGAAGAAGAGGAUAAAGAAUGACGACAAGGAAGUAGAGAUGGAAGAAGCAGAAAAAAUUGUACAAAACAAAUCCAAGAAAAAAAGUAAAGAUUUUUUACUCACUGACAUGGAUGAUUGGGUGGCAUUGUCAGAUGAGGAUGAUGAAGAAAAUGAGGAAGAGAAAGAAGAAAAAGAAGAUGAAGAAUCCAAGGGGAAAAAAAAGAAAAAAAAAGGUGGCCCAGAUUCUGUUAAGAAAAAGAAGAAUGCCAAGAGUAAUUCUGAUGACGAGGCAAUAGAGGAAAGCGAUGAAGGGGACUUUGAUGACCGUGAGGUGGAUUACAUGACCGGAUCUGAAAGUAGCCUGUCAGACUUGGAGGACCGGGACAAAGCAGACAAAUAUGAGGAGAAGGGAGUGGAUGAGGAACGAGGACUUAGAAAAUUGAUAGACUCUGAGGAAGAGAGUGAAGAGGAAACGAAAGAGAAUGAGAAUGAGGAGACAGCUGAAGAAAAGCCCAAAGAAGAGGGAAAUGCCUCAAACAGUGACAGCAGUAACUCCUCAUCAGACAGUGAGUCCGAUAUUGAGAAGGAUGAGAGCAUAUCAUCAGCUCUGUUUAUGCAGAAGAAGAAUGGUGGAGAUAAGAAGAAAGGGGAUAAACCCUCAUCAAGAUCUGCCACACCAAACACCUUAGAGAAGGAGGAUAAGUUGAGUGCGCGGAAGCGAAAACUAGAGAAUGACUCUGGUUCAGCCAAACGUUCACGGACAGAGAGCCCUGUCAACUCAUCACAAGGUUUCACAAGUGAGGGCAUCACAGAGGAUGCAAUACGGCGCUACCUGACAAGGAAACCCAUGACAACCAAAGACUUGCUGUCCAAAUUCAAGUCCAAGAAGAUUAGUAUGAGCACAGAACAGAUGGCCAGCACUAUAGCACAGCUUCUGAAGAGGAUUAGCCCAGAGACCAAAUAUGUCAAUGAUGUGCUGUAUCUGUCACUGAAAACUCCAGUCUGACACAUCAGGCACUAAGCUGAAGAUUUUAACUUUUGUCAUGUAGAGAUGAACUGAGUGGUACAUUUUUACCGUUGGAAAAGUCUGCAGAUGUUUUGACCUUUUUUUGUUGAUAACAUCAAAAACCAUACAUCAAGUCUUCUAGGCCUACCUACGUAUUUGACAUGCAGCAAAUCAGCUAUUGCCUACUGUAAUCAGCUAUUGCCUGCUGUAAUCAGCUAUCGCGUACUGUAAGUCUGAGGUGCAAUUACUGGAUUGAUUACACUCUUGUUUUUAUGCAUGCACAUGGCUCUUUUCUCGGAAAUACUUGAAUGCUCAAUAUUUACAAGUGUUAAAGGCUAUUCUCAUGAAGCAAUUUCUGGAACUGAUUUUGUGUACGAUUUAUAUCAAACCUGGAUGUGAUACGGCCAUUAUGUGAGAAUAUAAUCCACUUUCUGGCAGGGUGGCCGUGUUAGACAGUAUACAAUAUCACUUCUAGAAAGUGCUGCAUGAGAAAAUGGGACAGUG